CGCGCACUGUGUGUUUCAGCGUCAGAGCCGCGAUUCGCGCAGACAGUCACCUUCCAGAGGCCAACUGGUACAGCCAGCCUACUGUAAACACUGGUGCGAGACGGCGUGUGCGCCCCGCGGCCCGUUAGCUGGAGAGCCGCCAGGCCCUGAGGACGGCCGGGCCCUCACUGCCCGACAUGGACGGCGCCUCGCCCCGACUGCUGCUGCUGCCGCUGGCGCUGCUCGCCGCUGCCGGCCCCACAGGCUGCAGCGCCUCGCUGUGGGUAGUCCACAUGGGUCCCUGUCCGCUGGUCCUAGUGGGAGACUGCCCGGAUCCAGCCGUCCGUUUCUUCCUCUUCACUGGUUCAGGUGAUGAUGCUGACCGAGUGCAGGUGGAUGGCUCGGACAAUUGGGCGGGCCUCGACGGUCCUUGGUUCGACCCUUCGCUGCCAACCAAGGUGAUUGUGCACGGCUACAACUCGGGCAUGGACAUCCAGCCGCUCGCUGCCAUUAGGAACGCCUACCUGCGCCGCGGCGGCCACAACGUGCUCUCAGUGGACUGGACGGCGCUGUCCCCUGGGCCCUGCUACCCCAUGGCGGCGCACAACGCACGUUUCGCUGGCCGCUGCCUCGCCGGGCUGGUUCGCGCCCUGACCACGCGCGGCGCCACCGACGUGCACGUGGUGGGCUUCAGUGUGGGCGCCCACGUGGCCGCGUACGCCGCCAACAGCCUGCGACCCUACCGACUGCCACGCAUCACCGGUCUGGAUCCGGCGCUGCCGCUGUUCGUGACUGCGAACCGCGACCACAAGCUGGACGCGAGCGACGCGCUCCUGGUGGACGUUCUGCACACCAACGCGCUGGUGCAGGGCAAGCUGGAGCGCUGCGGGCACGCCGACUUCUACCUCAACGGCGGCGUGGACCAGCCCGGCUGCGGCGAAACCUCUGACCGGUUCGGCUGCUCGCACCACCGCGCGCCGCUGUACUUCGCCGAGUCUGUGACGGCGGGCCGCGACGCCGCCGGCGGCUUCUGGGGCUGGCGCUGCGGCGGGCUCAGCCUCUUCCUGCUGGGCCUGUGCCCCGCCCGCGGCGACCAGGUGCUCAUGGGCGAGUUCCUCGACCCCAGGCAGGAGGGCUUCUUCGUGGUGCAGACGGCGUCGUCCCCGCCGUUCGCGCUGGGCCGUUGGCGCUCUAGCGACCCGUACCGCCAGCACACGCAGCCACUGCCCGUGGCGCUGCCUGCGGGAUCUGCCGGCGACUGCGAAGACGAAGACGCUGGCCGCCUCCUCCGCAUGCUGCUCGGCGACCGCGAGCCCGAGCUCGUGUUGCUGCCCUGACUGCCCACCCUGCUCUGCUCUACACUCUGUCUAGUCUGACAAGCGGUUACAGCUGUUUUCUUAGACAUAGGCCGCAUCUACAUGUCUCCCCUACACCCAAGCCGUCAUUAGCGUGCUCUGGCGGUGCACCGUUCAACAUCCACAUACUUGUAAGUCUUCCCCUAUUUAUGUUUGACUACGCUUCAAAAGCCAAAGAGAGGAAUGCGUCUCCACGACUUAAUGCAACAACGCUCUCCUUGAAAGACGUGCUUCACUUCAUUUGUAAUGUUUUAAGCAAACGAAAGCUAUCAUGUGAUAUGUGGCGGAGAAUACCUAGUAAAUUAGGUAGCAGUAGCACCAGCUGCUCUAACAACAUAUAAAUACACAAACUGUGAUCAUUACUGCCCCCCCCCCCCCCCCCCCAGAAAAACAAGCUUUGAAUAUCGAGCGGUGCUGCAUUGCAGUUGGAAAUUUGAGUUGAUCAGGGAUCGUGUCCUGAUGACCGAAGCGGUUAACGCAACCGCUCGUGAGAAGCCAUAAAUCCGUGUACGAGUCCCGAUCCGACACAAAUUUUCAACUUUCGUCAUUGCAUUAGCACAAUGCCCUUGCGGCUGGAAGUCCUGAAUUCUCACCCAUCUUUUCCUUUACUUUUCCCAUUCUCUGCUUCACAUAAAUUUGAAAAUCAAAUGACUAUUUCAUCUUCCCUCGUAUAAUAUCACCUGCAAUUUUAGUAGUAGCUGACAGGAGUCGGAAAACUUCUCCAGCCACCUUGUCUUUACAAGUAAACUUUUUCGCACCUUUACAGCUGAGCUACACAACUCAUUCCAGGAAGCAGCGCUCUGAACUGUUGUUAGGCGAAAGCGAAACUAGAGCUUACCAAAAAUGUAAUUAAUCCAAGCAUAUGUAGCAACAAGUUGCGAAACAGGACGACAGAAGAACCAGAGAGGCAAUCAGAACUGUAGUAGGAGGAAAAGCAAUGCGUUUUCAGUGCCAAUGCGUCGGAUAUCUCGAUAAACUGCAACAACUGCUGUUAUCAGAAGUAAAAAUGUGGAGCAAAGGGCAACCGGUACUAAAUAGCAAGCACAUUGUGGCGAAUUGGCCUGUCGUAUCUUGACACUUAAUAGGACCACAAAUCCAAUCAUGUGCUACCACUGCCUAUAUAAAUCCAUAAAUGAUCCAUUACAAUGUCUGACAUGGGCCGCCACGGGAGCGCAAGGCACCGAGAUAUCAAAUACCUCUGGUUGUCAGAUGAUGACUAUGAUUUUUACAUUCUCAGACCCAUUACUGUACUUGAAGACUGAACAAGUGUAGAAUACAAUUGUAUUAUUCUCUUUUACCAUGGUAUCUUACCGGAUGUUAAUGUUCACUAUGCCACCUAGAGCGAUACAGUUUGCCAUACUAAGUGAUGUUACCAUUUACAAUCUCGUGCUAGUAGUCACUAUCAUUUACUUCGUUGUGCAUUUACCAUUCGCUGUAACAUGACGUUACCACUUACCUUGUUAUUUUACCUCAAGUUACCAAUCACAAUGGCAUGAUACUCAAUGUCACCAUCUACCACAGGAUGUUACCUGGCGUCACCAUAUACCAAGUUAUACUUCCUGACCUUAGCAUGUAUCAGCAAUACAAGCGUCAAGAAAUAUCAUGAAUAAUGAAGCACGUUGGUAUUGUGGUAUGUUCGUUUCAUGUGUUGUACAUAUAUAGAAUGUUUACAGAGAAUACUAUUUGCUCACAAAUCAUGUUCACAUACCAAAUAUUCCUCAAUGACAAAAUGAAGUAUAAAUGCAUUGCGAAUAUAAGAAAUAAUUACGUUAUUUAAGUACCUACGGUGAUUGUAUGUCAACAUUUGUUGUUUAAAGAAGUCAUAUAAAUUGAGAUUAAGAGCAAAUAAAAAUUUUAAUUACUUCUG